AUGGCCAGCUCACACUGUCUACGACUCAGGCCCCUCACUUCAGGCCUAGCUCGGCCUUCGGCAAAGCUCAGUGCCCAUCAUAUGACCCGGCUUCCUAUUACUGCAGCACGAUAUAAGUCAGGUCCUUAUGGCUACACACAAGCUAAGGCUCUUGUUUUCUCAAAGCCUGGCGAGCCCUCUGAUGUUCUCAGUCUACAUACUCACUCCAUCUCCCCCUCCAUUCCCUCAAACUCGGUCCUCGUCCGAUCCCUCGCCGCGCCCAUCAACCCCGCUGAUAUCAACACCGUUCAGGGCACUUAUGGCUCUAAACCUCCAUUCACAUCCUUAAUUGGAACCUCUGAGCCCUCCGCCAUCCCCGGCAACGAAGGUGUUUUCGAAGUCGUCUCUACCGGUUCAUCCUCCUCGUCGCUGCAGAAGGGCGACUGGGUUAUCCCCGCCGUCGGCCAGUUCGGUACUUGGAGAACACAUGCCGUCGACGAGGCUGAAAAAUUCCUCAAGAUCGACAAGGAGGGCUUAACUCCCACGCAGGUUGCGACCGUCAGCGUCAACCCUUCCACAGCCUAUCGCAUCUUGCGACACUACGGCCCCAAUGCCGGUCUUCAGGCUGGCUUAGGCAUGCGCCCCCUCGAAGUCGGCAGCGGGCAGUGGUUCAUUCAAAACGGCGCCAACUCAGGUGUUGGACGAGCCGCCAUCCAGUUCGGUAAGCUCUGGGGUUUGAGGAGCAUCAACGUCAUUCGUGAGCGCGAUACACCAGAGGCUACAGACGUUCUCAAGAAGGAACUCCAGGACCUAGGUGCAGAUGUUGUUGUGACUGAGUCUCAGUUCCUUUCCCGUGAAUGGAGAGACCAACUUGCCGAAAUCACUCGCAAGGGGCGUGAGGAGAUUGGUCUCGGUCUCAACUGUGUCGGAGGCAAGUCAGCAACUGCCAUCGCUCGUUCUCUCGGCCAAGGAGCGACUCUGGUCUCUUACGGCGGCAUGGCCAAGCAGCCCGUUCAACUACCCCUUGGUCUCCUCAUCUUUAAGGACAUCCGCUUCACUGGUUUCUGGCUGAGCCGUUUGAACGAGCAGGAUCCUACUGGAAGAAAGCAUGCGAUCAAUGAUAUUCUGCAAAUCAUCCGUUCAGGCCAGUUCCGUGACGUCCCUAUAGAGGAGGUCAAGUGGGACUGGGAUACAGAGGAGGAAACUCUGCGCAAUGCUGUGCAACAGGGUCUACAAGGAUUCCGCAAGGGCAAGGGUGUCUUUACGUUCGGAGAGACAUAA